CUGCUCUAGGAUGCAGCACUCGUUGACCGAAAUUCUAUGGGAAUAGGAGGGCGGGGGAAAUUAUGGCGGGAGAGAUUUGCAGCUGCUUUUCUCCGCCUCACAAGCUCUGAGGGAGCGGAGUCCCCUCCCGUCUCUCCUUCUGGAAACCGGGAAAAGGUGGAGAGUGAAGGGUCCGUCGUGACCGAAGGCGGCGGCCUCGGAGGGAGUUUUCCCCCGUUGGGGCUGCGCUGAAGCCGGAGACCGAAUGGAGGCCCGGGGGUCUCCUUUGAAGGCGGGGAGCGGCCUCCCCGAGGGGCCCCGCAGCUCCGAGGCUGAGCGCUGGCGGUUCCGCAGCUGCCGCUCCCUGGAAGCCGAGGGGCCCCGGGCGCUUUGCAGCCGCCUGCACGGGCUGUGCCGGGGGUGGCUGCGGCCCGAGCGGCGCAGCAAAGCCGAGAUGCUGGACCUGGUGGUGCUGGAGCAGCUGCUGGCCCUGCUGCCCGCGGAGCUGUCGGGCUGGCUGAGGGAGUGCGGGGCGGAGAGCUGCGCCCAGGCGGUGGCCCUGGCCGAAGGCUGCCUCCUCGGCCCACCAGCCGCCCCGGAGCCCGGAAAGGGGCGGCAGAUGCAGGAGCUGUUCACAAGGGAGAUCUCAACAGAGCUCCAGGAAAGAGAAGACAGAUCCAGUCCUUCUCAAGAGCUAUUUUUCAGGAGGAUCCAACUUGGGCCACCUUGCCAGGGCUCUAAUUCCUUUGAAGAGGUGGCUGUGGACUUCACAGAGGAGGAAUGGGCAUUGUUGGAUCCCAGACAGAGGGCCUUAUGCAGUGAAAUCCUGCUGGAGGUUUCUAGUAAUAUGGCAGCUCUGACAGGUGAUGGGCUGGAGAAUGAGAAUGACAAGCAGGCGAGAUUAAUGCCACUGCAAACAAUAAAGCAUGAAAUAGAAGAAAUAAUGUUUGACUAUGAAGGGGAUCCAAAAGCUCAAGAGAGAAGACACUCAGAAGACAUGGGGGCCAGUCCCCCCACUUCUCUGCCUGUUGAAAUCCAUGGCUUCCUGAGCCAACAAGAAACUGUAUAGGAAAUACAAAUCACAUACAUUUAUAAAAGUCGGUGAGGAUUUCAAUUUGAGCAGAGAUAUGAAACUCUGCAUGAAGUCUGGAAAGAGCUUCGCUACCAACAGUAUUGUUAAUCACCAUCAGAAGAUCCACAA